CCGUAUAAAGAUGCAGGGAAGUCUCGCGUCGAAUAUGAUGUGGAUCUUGCUAAAAAAAUCAAACCAUACAAUCCAGAUUUGAUCAUUCUCGCUGGUUGGAUGCACAUUUUAUCUGAAGACUUCUUAAAAUAUUUCGAUAAUCACAUUAUCAAUUUGCAUCCUGCAUUACCAAACCAAUUCGACGGUGCAAAUGCUAUCAAACGUGCGUACGAGGCUUUCAAGAGGGGAGAAAUAGCUAACACUGGAGUUAUGGUCCAUAAAGUAGUCCCUGAAGUUGAUAAGGGUCAACCUUUACUUGUCGAAGAAGUCCCGAUACUAGAAUCAGAUACACUAGAUGAUUUAGAAGAGCGUAUACAUUCCGUAGAACAUAGGCUAAUAGUAAAAGGUGUAAUAGAAUUUUUCAGGUUGUCCGAGUCAAAUUAA